UGCAUCAUUGUAGCUACAGUGGAUGUUUCAGUGUCAGGACUGAAGGUGGAGCUUUGUGCGUGUUGGGCUGAGGCUGAAGCAGUCGCCCCCAAUGGGAGCGCUCAGGUGUGAAACUACGAGGAAAGCCGACAUCCUCCUAUUUCCCCACGAGUGAUCUAUGCGCGUCUGGACUUGUUUCCACUGAUCUGGUUUAACAAGGUGUGAAGCUGACCUCUGAGCUGUGACAGUGUGAGCAGUGUGAGAGUGUCAGUAGAUGAUCAGCAGAGGAAAGUGAGAGCUGCUGUGAGCUGAUGUCCUGAAGGGCUUUUAAAGAGUCUCUGAGUUUGACAGGAACAUGAAGAUGUUUGUGGUGUUUGUGAUCCUCCUGCACGUUUCCCAGCAUGCUCUGGCUGUGGUGGUGGAGGUGAAUGAGGGGGAAAGGUCUGUCCUUCUGUCCUGUCUGUACCCAGAUUAUAUACUUGAGGACAAUUCAACAGUGAUGUGGACUCGCAGUGACCUUGAUCCCAAAUCUGUCCACAUACGACGAGAAAUAGGAGACAAUCUUACAGGACAAAACCAGCGUUACAGCAGACGCACAUCAAUGAAUCGUUACGCUUUCAUCAUUAAAGACUUCAGCCUCACUCUGAGGAAACCCAUAAAGACUGACAGCGGCAACUACACCUGCUCCAUCAGUGCUCGAGGAAAAGAACGGAGACUCAGAGACAUCCAGCUGCAGGUCAAAGAACAGCAAGUGGAGGUGAAGGUGGAGAAAGGGGUACAGUCUGUCAUCCUGCCCUGCAAAACAAAACCUGACCUGCCCGAGGACACCACAGUAGAGUGGACUCGCUCUGACCUCGGACUCAUCAAAGUCCAUGAGUAUUCUAACAGAAAUGAUGACCUUAUAACUAAGGAUGAAGUUUACAGAGACCGAACGAAGAUGAAUGAAGAUCUGUUGAGAACUGGAGACCUCAGUCUGACCCUGAAACACCCCACAGUGAGGGACACAGGAGGAUACAUCUGCACCAUCUACAGGGACAAAGACAUCCUGAGACAGAAAGUCAUGCUGCAGGUCAAAAAACCAUUUCCAUCCUGGUUCAAAGAUCUUCUGGUUCUCCUGUUUGUCUUUGUGAUUUUUGGAGGUCUUUUAUAUUAUUUACGUCACUAUUACAUGUCAGAUUACCAGGUGGAGGUGGAUUCAGGGGUGGAGUCUGUCAAGCUGCCCUGCAAAACUAUAUUUAAAUUCCUAAAACACAUUAAAGUGGAGUGGAGGGACAGAAACAACAGGAAGGUCCACGUGUAUCACAAUGGCUCUGACCAGGUUAGAGAACAGCACCGGUUUUACAGAAACCGAACAGAGAUGAAGAGGAAUUUACUGAAACCUGGAGACCUCAGUCUGACCCUGACGUAUCCCACUGAUGAUGACAACUCCACCUACACCUGCACCGUCUACAGCAGGAAGGGAAACAUACUGGCAACGAAAAAUGUGCAGCUCCAUGUCAGAGUCCCCCAGGUGGAGGUGGAUUCAGGGGAGGCAUCUGUCCUGCUGCCCUGCAAAACUACUAUAAACCUGCUUAAAGAUGCUAAAGUGGAGUGGAUGACCAAAUUCAACAGGAAGGUCCACGUGUAUGAGACCGGAUCUGACCAGCUUGAAGAUCAGGACAACUAUUACAGAGACCGAACACUGAUGAAUAAAGACCUGCUGAAAACUGGAGACCUCAGUCUGACCCUGAAAUACCCCACAGACUGGGACACAGACAUCUACACCUGCACCGUCUACAACAGGGAGGGAAAAAUAAUCCUGAUGAAACAAGUGGAGCUGAAAGUCAGAGUCUGUCAUGUAGAGGUGGAGGAGGGGGCGGAGUCUGUCGAGCUACCUUUCAAAACCACAAAAGACCUGCCCGCAGAUGCUAAAGUGGUGUGGUGGAACAAUGAUGACAGGAAGGUCCACGUGUAUAAGAACGGCUCUGAUCAGCCUGGAGAACAGCACCAGGAUUACAGAAACCGAACAAAGAUGAAGAGAAGAUCUCUGCUGAAGUCUGGAGACCUCAGUCUGACCCUGGAACAGCCCACAGAGAGAGACAGCGGGAGGUACAGCUGUAGAGUCUACGGGGAGAUCAAGAGAUACAAAAGAGUGCUGCUUAGAGUCAAAGGGAGAGUUCGGGUCCAGUAUCACACAGCAGACAUCAGGAACAGAAGCAGCUCCAUUGAUCUGACUCCUCUGAUGGCUGAUCAAUCAGUUUGAUCUGUGUGUUUGUGCAUUUUUCUACCUUAAAUGUCCUGUAUAUUGACUGUUACCUGUAAUGCCACUUUCUGACCAACAGCUGGCACUCUUACAAAUACCAGAUCUGAUUUGACUGCAGUUAUAUCAGAGGAGGAAUGCUUGUCCAGUCACACCUGCAGUGACGUGUAACACUGAUCGCUAAUGAAUUGAUACACGUUACGUAUUAAGCAGAAUAUUGGGCUAUUAUUAAUCUGAAGAUUUAAGAACUGCUACUGGAGCUGAUGCUCAGUAAUAAAUAAAUACACACAACACAAAAUGCUUUUGCAGGUACCAUGUAUGUACAAAACCAAGGAAAAAUAAGGGAAGAAGAGGAAAGAUUUAAACAAUCACUCCUGCUGCAGUAGUUCAAUUAAAACCUUCAAUCAAAACAGUGACAACUAAAUAGUCCUGUAGUUUAGAUCAAGCAAAACAGAUUCUCAAGUUCAAUUAAAUUUCCUAUAAAUCACACACCACAAUAUCAAAAACACUGGUCCACACUGAAGAGGAAAUGUCCAUGAGUUUUAUCUGAGUGUCCAUGAUGUCCAAGCGCUAUUGUCCAUAAACGGGGGAAAUAAUGUGUAUGGUUGUGGAAAUCAGUGAAAUUUAAUAAUGAGUUCAGAGAGGGGGACAGAGCGUCAUCUUUGACAACUUCCUACCAGACCAAGCAGAAGUGGAAGCUUCAAUGCAAUCGAGUUGAUUUUGGUAAAUAUAUUUGAUCUGAAAACGUGAAAAACUUUGCUUUUCAUAAUGUAAAUAUCAUUACAGUAUAUAACUUUAGAAAUACUUCCUUUUGACUUAAAUUUAAUAAAAUAAAAAAAAAUGUAUUUUUAAAAUAAAGCACUCCAGCCUCUUCUGUUCCAUGUGAGAGGAUUUUCUCUAAGGCAGGAGAAAUUAUCUCCAAGAAAAGAAACAGACUCGGCCAUCACACAGCUGGUGUUCUUUAUUUUAUUUUGUACAACCAUUUAAAAAUACUACGAUAACUACAUGCGAGAACAAUCGGGUGUCACAAUAAGAUGUUUCACAAAUUAUUUGAGUCAGUAAAAAAAAACAAAAAAAAAAACUGUCCGCCACAAGACGGAGGAGAACACCACAGGGAUAAAUCCUGCAGGCAGUGGCGGU